UGAAGUCACAGUCGCGCGCAUCGCGUUUGCAGCGUUUGCAGAACUGCUUAGUGACGCAACAAAGAAAGAGAAUCGUGGGUUCUGGUUUUGAUUUCAAGCGAAACGAGGUCGACCAUUUUAAGGUAGAUGCGUCACAAACAUGGGUGUUACGAAACUAUGGAUGGUUGUGUUGCUAUUGUGGUUGGUUUGUGAUGUCAUAUAUGCAGGGAGGCAGCAAGGAAGAGGCAGACAAAGAAACCGUGAGAAUAGACGUGGAGGUCGAGGAAGGCGACCGCCAAAUGUGGGGAGGGGUCCGCCAACAAGCGGCAGUCGAUCAACAGUAGAUGAUAUAUUUUCUUUGUUCUUCGGUGAAGAUACUUCUUUCAGUUUCUCACAUACGGGGAAUUCCUUUCUAUGGAGCAUAGGUGGACCCACCCCAACAACCCCUGUUGCCCCUACCACCCCCGCAACCCCCGCAACAACAACAACAACAACUGCCGCGUCCACAGCGACCAAUGAUGACAUAACAAUGAACCUACCAUGGCGGGGCAAAGGAAGCUUUACGGGCGAUGUUCGCAUUGAUUGUCGGAAUAAGAGGGGUGGUUGUUACAAGGGUGGUGUUCAAGUAUUUAACAGGGAGGAGGGUCGGUGGGGGAACGUGUGUGGGGCGGGGUGGGGUAAGAUGGAUGCUAACGUCGUGUGUAAAUACCUCAAGUAUAAGAAAGGAGCAAAGAAACAUCUUCGGCUUCGCAAAGCAAAGUUGUCAGUUGUUGGGAAAAGGUUAUCACCGAUGUUACGAAACAUACGGUGUACGGGCGGUGAGGCGAAGUUAACCGAGUGUGACGGUGAAGCCAUGCGUGACGGAGAGGGUUGUGAGGGGGAAAGAUUCGCUGGGGUUGUUUGCCAGGGAAAACAAACGAUCCUUGAAGAUGACGUCACGUGCUCGAGUUCCGAAACACGAUGCGCGAAUCGUAAGACGUGUGUUACGUCACAACACGUAUGCGAUGGGACGAGUGAUUGUCCUUGGGGUAGCGAUGAAGAGAACUGUGGAACAACUGGUGUUUGUGACGUGGAUAAGUUCUGGUGUGGGGCCGGGGGAGGGGGGUGUGUUAGUCGAAGCUUUGUUUGCGAUGGAGACAGAGAUUGUGUGAACGGGACGGAUGAGAUUGGGUGUGUGCAAUACCUGCGUCAGUUUACAUGGCUACGAAACGCCAAGCUCCAAUUAACCGCUGGUGACUACAACUCGGGUUGGCGCCAUGUUACUCCAUAUACUUGUGCGAAGAAAUGUAGAGAAGAAAAACGAUUUGACUGCGUGUCGUUCGAUUAUCAUAAGGAUACAAAGGAGUGUGACCUCACAACGCAUUCGAGUAGAAACGCUCGCUUGGUGCGCCCGAGAGAAGGGAACUGGGAUCAUUAUGAACUUAAGACGCCUAGGAGGUGUCCUGGGUUUCGAUGUGUUACGUCAUGGUCGUGUAUACCAGCAUCCCAACAAUGUGAUGGAGAGGUUCAAUGUAGGGACGGGUCGGAUGAAAGAAACUGCAGUGACGUAGGAGGAGGAUUUACCAUCCGUCUGGCAUCGGGGGUUUCCUCAUAUGAGGGUCAUCUGGAGGUCAAGCGGGCUGGGGAGGACUUUGGGCUCGUGUGCGACAUCGGGUGGUCGAUGAAUGAAGCGAACGUCGCGUGUAGACAAUUGGGAUUCAGAGGUGCAUUGAUGGCGCUAAGUGGUCAAUUCUUUCAACGAAGUCAUCGCGCGUAUAUGCUUAGUGACGUCACAUGCAGGGGUGAUGAGGUCACUAUAGAUGAAUGUCGUCAUAGUGGGUGGGGGGUAAAAGAUUGCCCAAUGGACCAUGAAGCUGGGGUGGUUUGUAUAUUUGGUGACGUUGCUAUUCCUACAACGACGCCAACAACAACAACUACACGUGGAACAACUACAGCACAAAGAAUAACAACAACAGCGACGCCACGACGUACAACAGCCACGCCACCAAGAUGUGGCGUGAAGCCAUCCACCGAAAACCACGCCAUACCGCGUAUAGUGGGUGGCAACUUUGCUCAACCCAAUGAAUGGCCAUGGCAGGUAGCAAUUUGGUUACCUUGGCAAUUCAAAUGUGGAGGGACUUUGAUUGACAGUUGUUGGGUGUUGACGGCGGCUCACUGCUUCUCACAGCAGUAUGACGUCAGUAACUACUGGAUACGCUUGGGUGACCACCAAUCAACGGUCGUAGAUGGCACAGAACAGGAUUUCAAAAUUGAAAGAAUAAUUAAACAUAAUUUCAACACAAACACAAACGACAACGACAUUGCUUUGAUUGAGUUGAAACGUCAUAACGGCAGAUGUGCUCGACUCAACGAAGUUGUGAAACUAGCUUGUCUACCAACGUCGUUGAACCAGUUUCCUGGUGGAACAAAAUGUCAUAUAGUUGGUUGGGGACAAACGUCAUUUGAGAGCGCCACACCUUACACGAGGUUGUUGAAAGAAGCGACCAUCCCAUUGAUAAGUAGAAGGGACUGCCUUGCACAAAGUGUGUACGGCACAAGAUUGUCCACUAACAUGUUUUGUGCCGGUUAUAUAAGAGGAGGGGUGGAUACGUGUCAAGGGGAUUCGGGUGGCCCGCUCCUGUGCCAAGCAAACGAUGGUUUAUACUACGUGUGGGGUGUGGUUAGUUGGGGCAACGGUUGCGCCCAACCCAGGUCACCAGGUGUUUAUACUAACGUUGCAAACUACGUUGGUUGGAUCACAAGGAAUACUGGAAUAACAUUCACUUAAUCACGUCAUAAUAAACAUAUGUACGUCAA